AUGUCCCGCCGUGGGGGUGGUGGGGCCAAAGGAAGGAAGCCGCCAGGUACAGAAUUUACUUGGGAUGCUGACCCUGGUGGUGAGCCAGACACAGCUCCCCAACCUUUAUAUCCGCUUUUGCCUCUUUUUAAUCCGUUUGCUGCGCAGAAAUAUACCGUUCCGUUCGCCCGCAAAUUGAGCACUGCAGAACAAUCGCAGGUGGAUUAUUACCGACACCUGCGCGAGAGUCACCAUGACGGACCCUAUUACUCCGUACUCGAUGCUGCUUCCUCGUCUGCAAAGAAGGGUAGCGCCGCACGCGCCAACUUCGACCCGUUCCAUGGCAUGCCCACUUACUCCGGUCGCUAUCAACGCAAGCGGCGCACUCUUCCUAAGAUUGCUGGACGUGACUAUGUUCUGAAAUUCUUCCCCCGCGAUCUUUGGAAAAUCCUCCAGCCAAGCUUCCGACCCGAUGCUGUUAUUGAGGGAUACCAGGCCCAAACAGCGACUGGAGUCAAGCGCGGCUUCGAGGACGAAGAGGACGAAGCAGAUGGUGGGCCAUCCAAGCGCAAGGCCACCGGCGAUGACGACGACGAGGAAGGCGAGGGUGAAAUGGACGAGAACGUUCUACUUGACGAAGAUGACGAACAAGAGGCAGAGGAAAUGGACGACAACUUCUCCGAGGAUGACGACGAAAUGGGCGGUGAUUACAAUGCCGAGCAGUACUUCGACGACGGCGGAGAUGAGAUGGGCGAUGAUGGCUUCGGCGAUGGUGGUGGAGGUGGCGGCGACGAAGACACCUACUGA